AUGGCAAAUUUCGAUGAGGAAGGAAGUGUAAGUGAUAAGGAAUUAAAUGAAAGUAUUGUCAGUACUGGAGGAGAAGAUUCUCAAGAAGUUGAAAAUAAUACUCGUAUUGACGAAGAACAAAAAGAAAAAUUAGUGAAAUUACCAUUAGGUAGAAUAAAAACAAUUAUAAAGACGGAUCCUGAAGUGAAUAUGGUUAACCAAGAAGCUGUUUUCCUAAUUACAAAAUCUACGGAACUUUUUAUUGAAUCUCUUACUAAAGAAUCAUAUAAAUAUACAGCACAAAUGAAAAAAAAAACAAUACAGAAAAGAGAUAUAGAAAGUGCAAUUAAUAAUAUUGAUGCCCUGAUAUUUCUAGAAGGAAUGCUUGAUUAA